AUCAAGGCCACUUCAACACGAAAACUGGUGCAAAAAUAAGGUUUGAAAACAAAAGAAGAGCAAAAGAAGAUGAGUACCAACGAUAACAAUGGAAACGAUGGCGAAAAGCGUACCCCAAAAUUGAACGAGAGGAUCCUUUCAUCGUUGUCCAAGAGAACCGUUGCUGCUCACCCGUGGCAUGAUCUAGAGAUCGGCCCUGAAGCGCCCAAGGUUUUCAACGUGGUCGUUGAGAUCACUAAGGGAAGCAAGGUCAAAUACGAAUUGGACAAGAAGACGGGAAUGAUUAAGGUUGAUCGUAUUUUGUACUCGUCCGUGGUUUAUCCUCACAACUAUGGAUUCAUUCCUCGAACAUUAUGCGAAGACAAUGAUCCUUUGGAUGUUUUGGUUCUCAUGCAGGAGCCUGUUCUCCCAGGCUGCUUUUUAAGAGCCAGGGCCAUUGGACUUAUGCCCAUGAUUGAUCAGGGUGAGAAAGAUGACAAGAUCAUUGCAGUUUGUGUUGACGAUCCUGAAUAUAAGUAUUACAAUGACAUUAAACAGUUGCCUCCUCACCGUCUUAUGGAGAUCCGUCGUUUCUUUGAAGAUUAUAAGAAGAAUGAGAACAAGGAAGUUGCAGUAAAUGAGUUCUUGCCUUCGGACUCUGCUACUGAAGCCAUCCAGUACUCUAUGGAUCUUUAUGCUGAGUACAUUAUGCAGACGCUUGGACGAUGAGCAAGAAGAGGCAAAGGAGGACAUGCUCUUUAAGUUGGUUCCUUGUUUGGCCAACUCUCAAGAUAUACUAUACAAUAAUCCCAUUUUUUGAGUUACGUUUUAUCACCACUACGUAUUUAAGUUUUGAUUAUGCAUUUCAAGAGUUAAGCAGUGUCGCGAAAUGCAACUUUUUUCUUUUUAUCCUUUGGAUCGUUUCGUCCUCUCUAUAUGUAGAGGCUAUACAUAUAUGUAUAACGUAAAUGGAUCGAUGAUUUGAGUUCUUUUUUUUAUUCUUUAAUGGAAGUUUGUCUUAAUUUCUAAUUACUUGAUUUUCAAUCGGAGAUAGAGUGUGAGCGGGAGCAAAAGGGUUAGAGUGUCUAAUUUUCAAUUAUUUAAUUUCAAAACGUAAGUAGACAUCCUAAUUUUACUGUUAUCAUUCUAAAUUAAAACAUAAUAUUAUUAAAUUGUCAUUCAUUGAUCAAUCCAAUUCGAGUGUAGAUUGCGUCUUGCUGAAGGUUGAUCUUUAGUUUGUACCAAGUUGUAUUGAUGAAUUGAGCUGUACUGAUCGUAUUUUGAUGAAAU